GCCUGCUUGUUUAGAACCACGUAGCAGCGGAUGUGACGUCACAUUAAAGAAGCACAUGAGGUCGGAAACUGCGCUAAUCUGCUUCCAUGUCUGGUGUCUCACCUGGCUCUUCUUUCAUUGAGAGGAGGGGCUUGGACUUGGAUGGUCCACACGAAAAACAGAGCUAAGAACAACGGACAUAAAGAAAGGUUUAAAGUACUGUUCAUAAAAAAAGAAAUCAGUCGUCCCAAUUAAGAAAAAAAAUGGACUCGAGAGAUGUUAAGUCUGGAGGAGAUGUUGUAGAUGCUAAUCCUGUUAUCCUGAAAGAAACCAUUGAGCAGCCCCAAGGUGAAGACAUGCAGGUGGAUGCCAAGCCAGACCAUGCACAUCCCUACAGAUAUAACAUGAACUAUCCAAGCAUCGGCCAGUGUAUUAUAAUUAACAACAAGAACUUUGAUAAAAAGACAGGAAUGAAUAUUCGAAAUGGAACAGAUGUGGAUGCGGGAAAUCUCUUGAAAAGCUUCAAAAUGCAGGGUUAUAAAGUCAAGGUUUUCAAUGACCAGACCUGCAGGCAGAUAGAGCAAUGUUUACAAUCGAUUGCCCGGGAAGACCACAGCAAAGAGGCCUCUUUUGUGUGUGCACUGCUGAGCCAUGGAGAUGAAGGGGUGCUUUACGGAACGGACGGCUGUAUCGAAAUUAAAAGACUGACCAGCUUUUUCAAGGGAGACCGCUGCAAGACACUGGUUGGCAAGCCAAAAUUGUUUUUCAUACAGGCUUGUAGAGGAACAGAGCUAGACGGAGGUAUUGAAGCAGACAGUAUUGAAAGUGACAGCUCUCCCCAGAAGAUCCCUGUGGAGGCUGAUUUCUUGUACGCGUACUCCACUGUUUCAGGUUACUAUUCCUGGAGGAACACUGUGAGUGGCUCCUGGUUCAUCCAGUCCCUGUGUGAUAUGCUCAGCAAGUACGGCAGAGAGCUGGAGCUCAUGCAAAUCCUUACACGGGUCAACCACAAGGUGGCACUGGAAUUUGAGUCAAGCUCAACCAUUGCAGGCUUCAAUUACAAAAAGCAGAUUCCAUGCAUCGUCUCUAUGCUAACUAAAGAAGUGCAUUUCUCACAUUGAUUAUUUUGUGAUCUCCUCUUUGCGGUUUUGAAUAGAUUGUAUAAAACUUAAACAUGCAGAGGUUUGUUUUUGUAACAAGAACAUUUGAAAACCUUAUGAAGACAACCAAAAGAGUACAUUAACUGGGAACAAUAACAGUAUCUAUACCAGCAGGUUCUCACUGUUAAACAGUGAAAAUGCAAUUUUAACCACUGAAUAGAUAAGCGAUACAAAUGUAUUAUAAACAGAUAUUAAAAGUAGGGUUUUUUUAAUCAAUUAAUCACAUCUGUGGGCUUUGAGUGAUUCAAAAAUAAUUGAUCGAUUUAAUUUUCUCAAACUGAGUGCGGUAUCAAAUAUCGGGGCGCGAAAAAGAAAUCUUGAAACAUGUUGGAGGCUGCUUCCAAAGAUAUUCUAUAUAACCAAGAUCCUGAACUCAGCCUUUACUUCUGCCAUGUGACACGCAAGGGAUCAUGGGAUGUAGAGAGAGCGGGGCCAUUUUUCUAUUGUCUAUGGAGAGGGGUCGGAUUGGACAAAUUUAUAUAUAUAUAUAUUUUUUUAAACUUUAAGUCUGUUUCAUUGUUGCCUAGGGUUCACGGAAGAAAUAUACUGACCUGGUGAAUGAUGACAUAACGUAAUUGAUUUGAAAAAUGAACUUUUCUUAACACAGUCCUUCAUCUGUGUAUGCGCAGUUAAGAUCACAGCAAAAUACUUUAUUUACUGCCGUAGUAUGGUUAUAAGCAUUUACAGUAAACAGCAUUAUGUUAAUACUUUGUAUUACUUGUAAUUGUUUUUCAAGACCAUUUCAUAUCACCAGCAGACAGGUGUGAUUAAUUGAUCAUAGAUCGGAUAAUUAAAAGAUCAAUAGAAAAUGUCAAGAUUAAAACCCCUAAAUUUAAAAGUAAAUGCUCUUUUUAACCGUUAAGGUUCUGCUGUUACUCAUACUCGUACUUGUAAUUGCCUUUUAAGAAACAUUUAUCUGCAGGUAUAAAAUAAGUCCAUUUAUUUAUGUACUGAUUUCAAAACAAAAGGUGAGUUUGGAAGCAAAUUUUCCUCUUAUCCGGGACACUGACAUUUUUACUGCUGUACCGCGGCUGAAAACUGACAUGGGUUUAUUUAAUACCGGCUGAUAAAUACUUAAAGGCAAUUGUGAGUGUGACUAUCAGCCCACCCCGAAUAACCAUGCAUGUUUAUUUUUUUUCAUGGAGAGCAAUUGUAUGUAUUGUUGUUUUACACUUCAACUUGUACCUGUUUUAAAGGGAUACUUAAAUACUCAUCAUCUUUAACUUGAAUAGCCAUUAGCAUUACAAUGUUUAAGGGGUAUUUUACAACUAAUGUCUUCAUCAUUCAAGUCAUAUUUUUUAAUUGUGGUGUUUUAUCUGUCUUUAAAUGAAAUACCUGUUUAGCAUACAUCUUUAUUCUCCUUUUGAGAGUUAAUUAUUUCAAUGUGACAAGGUCUUUUUUUAAAAAGUGUAUUCAUAAGAAAACAUUAAAUAUUUAUCAUAGAGAGUUUUACCAUACUCCAAAUGGGUGCUUUUUCGAAAUAAUGAGAUGAAAAUGAAUAAUUAACUAGUAGCUUUAUAUUGUGAGACAUCACUGAUAAUUUAAAAAAGGCAACCUGUAGUUACCUCAGAAGAGCCAGUCCAGUCAUUGACAACACAAAGCCAUUAUCCAACCCAGCUGGAACAGGGUGUGUGUCUUCCUAUUAAAAGUCUCCUUUUUAUAGGAGACGUUUAGCAUUUUGAUGCAUCUUAAACUAGUUAGCUACUAUAUGCACAACAAAAUAUUUUUCUCUAUAAGUAGAAUAUUAGAAGAAGAUUAACAAUCGCAUGUGUUAACACCAUUUUCUUUAGAUUCUCAAUGGCUUGAAAUGUUUGCAGUCAGCCUUUAAUAAUAAUACAAAAACUAUUAAAUUCUUGCUGACAUUUGUGUAGGAGGUUCACCAGCACAAGACUGAAUAGUUGUGAAUAUUUUCAGACUUUUGUAAUUAGAUAUUUUGUUGUGGGACUUUUGUAAGACAGAAGUUUAGUAUAGGAUAUGUAUUGUACAUAAUUUUUGUAUCCGACCCCCCCAAAAAAAGGAAUUUAAAAUAUUACAGUAGAUUAUUGUGCCACUGAAAAAUGUGAUCUAGAGGACUGGCACACACUCCCCAAAAUAUCAUUAACAUUACUGCAUCCAAUACAUUUAAAGCUAUGUGAAGUUUCAAUCAGAAAUAUAAAUACGCCUGCAUAUUUGUGAUAAGAAAUCAGAUUGCCCUAGUAAAUUUAACCCUACUUGAGUUUACUUCCUCCUCCCAAAUUUCCAGUUUAAUUUAAGCCAUUGGCAAGGGUAAUGAAAACAUUGAUGACUAUCGAUCCAGUAAAAUGAGGUUUAUAAAGUUCAGGCUGGUGGCAUUAAAUUCCGCCACUGUUCGGAUCAUUAAAAUAAGACCCCAACACACAGUAUAUACGCAUUUUCUGUUCAAGUAUAUGAAUACACUGAUUGAGUUACUAAUGUCUUUAUGAAAAAUAUCAUCUUUACUGUUUUAUUUUAAUUAGACAGUGGGAACUGUAGUUCUUUUAAACUUUUCUUUUUUUUUAAAUGUUCAUUUAAGAUGUCUGCUGUUGUCUAUGUAAAAACGUAACAUUAAAAGAUAUAGCAGAUUUGCUUCUAAACACAA